CCCCCAUCAUCCUACAUACAUUGCCACUAUCUCUCUACCUAAUCUGACCCCAAAAGCAAUAUACAGACAGAGUGAGAAACUUAAAAAAGAAUGUAGAGAGAGAAAGUAAGAGAGAGAGAGAGAGUGGUAGCUCUGGUUGGUGCUUCUUCUCCAUCUAUCCAUUCCGCAAAACCCUAGCCUUCCCAAAUCAAACUCCACCCAGAUCUCACUCACCUCGCUUUCCGAUCUGUUUAGUCUAUGUCUGAUUCGGAGGACUCUUUUGUCUGAAAUGUUUUCUGGGUUUCGCUUUGAUUUUGAUUUCACUUGGGUUGUUUCCAAUUUCAAUGUCGUAGUUUCUACAACCACAUCGCUUGUGUUCUUGUCUCAAAAUGUCGGCUUCUUUGCCUGAGCGCCCCCGAAUCGGAGUUUCAAACACGGUUUUCAAGAGUGGACCACUUUUUAUAUCUUCAAAAGGAUUAGGUUGGAAGUCUUGGAAAAAGCGUUGGUUUAUCCUUACACGCACUUCAUUGGUUUUUUUCAAAAAUGAUCCUAGUGCACUUCCUCAGAGAGGUGGUGAAGUAAAUAUAACUUUGGGGGGUAUUGACUUGAACAAUUCAGGGAGUGUUGUUGUUAGAGAAGAUAAAAAGCUUUUAACGGUACUGUUUCCUGAUGGACGGGAUGGACGGGCAUUUACCCUUAAGGCGGAGACAUCAGAGGACUUGUACGAGUGGAAGACUGCCCUAGAGCAUGCUCUUGCACAUGCACCAAGUGCUGCCCUUGUGAUAGGACACAAUGGAAUUUUCCGUAAUGAUGCUAAUGAUACGAUUGAAGCGUCUUUCCAUCAAUGGAUGGAUAAACGUCCUGUUAAAUCUAUGGUGGUUGGACGACCAAUUUUGCUAGCACUGGAAGAUAUAGAUGGAGGCCCAUCUUUCCUCGAGAAGGCUCUUCGAUUUCUGGAGAAGUUUGGAACUAAAGUAGAAGGCAUUUUGAGACAGGCUGCAGAUGUCGAGGAGGUAGAUCGCAGAGUUGAAGAAUAUGAACAAGGCAAGAAUGAAUUCGGUCCCGAUGAGGAUGCUCAUGUUGUUGGUGACUGUGUUAAGCAUGUUCUUCGGGAGCUACCCUCAUCUCCAGUUCCUGCAUCUUGCUGCACUGCUUUAUUGGAGGCAUAUAAAAUUGAUCGGAAGGAAGCUCGUGUGAAUGCCAUGCGGUCUGCAAUACUGGAGACAUUCCCUGAGCCAAACAGGCGUUUAUUACAGAGAAUCCUGAAGAUGAUGCACACAAUUUCUUUACAUUCAUCUGAGAAUAGAAUGACUCCUUCUGCUGUUGCUGCUUGUAUGGCACCAUUGCUCUUGCGCCCUCUUUUAGCUGGUGAAUGUGAAUUGGAGGAUGAUUUUGAUGUCAACGGUGAUAAUUCUGCCCAGCUUCUUGCAGCCGCAAAUGCUGCUAAUAAUGCUCAAGCCAUCAUCACAACACUUUUGGAGGAGUAUGAGAACAUUUUUGAUGAUGAUAAUCUACAUAGAUGCUCUAUUUCAGCUGAUUCUCGGAUUGAAAACAGUGCCAGUGAAGUUUCAUCCGAUGAUGAAAAUCUGGAUAUCAAGGACAAUGGUUACCACGAUGCAGAAAAUGAAGUAGAUCCAGACACUGAUGAUGAUCCAGAUUGUAUACUCAGCGGAAAGUUGAGUGAGAGCAGCGGUUAUGCUGGAAGUGAUCUUUACGAGUAUAAGGCUUUUGGAGGUGAUGAUUCAGAUGUUGGAUCCCCCAGGAUUAAUCUCACAGCAACAGCAAAAUCAAAUCCUCCUGUAGAUUCUCAGUCACUUAGAGAGUCUGACAUUCAAUUAAAU